AUGUGGAUACAAUCUCAACUGAAGCUACAGUUGGGGCCUCGGGUUGGGAUCCGCCCCUUCCUGCUGCGCGCCCGCCCACGUCUCAGCACUAGCCCCGCCCCCGUCGGAGCCUUGAGAAACAGGCCCCGGCUAGGGUGGGAGGGAAAACCCGGAAAAGUGGGAUUCCUUCUGGUGGCCCGUCAGCGGCAGCUUGAAGGCCUGGCCUCCAGCUCCGUUGCAGUUGUUGAUCCGGACCACGUUUUCACUUACGCCCAAGGCCGGACGGGAGCCGCGGGCCCUGGGCGGGGGACCCAGGCCGAGGGGAGGAGGGGCGCGUGCUCGGCCCGGAUUGGCCGUUCUAAACGGCGCGGGGCUUGGCGGGAGUUUCUGGGCGCCGCGGGAGCAGAGAGCAGCCAGAUGGCUCCGCCGGGCCGGGUGCGGUCCCGGAGGCCUGCAGGUGCAGUAUGUUCAAAGAACACUUUAAGAAGAACACAUCCUAUGAAAGAAAAAGCUGGUCAGAAGCACAAGCCUGCUGAUGUGUUUGAGUUUCCUGAUAAUUCCGAAAUCUCAAGCAGUGGCAGUGAAAGUAAGAAAGACGAUGAGCCUUACGAGACUUUUGGCCAUAAAGCAAGUCUCAGCAAAUUCAAAAAAUUCAAAAUCAUAUCAUGUAUCUUCUCUGACCACAAUGGAAUGAAGAUGGAGAUCAGCAACUCAAGAAUCUGUGGAACAUAUGCAAACACAUGGAAACUGAACAAGAUACUCCUGAAUGAACAGUGGGUCAUAGAAGAAAUAAAAAGAGAAUUAAAAAAUUUUGGAAACAUAUCAAAACUUAUGGGAUACAGCAAAAGUAGUCUUAAGAGGAAAGUUUAUACCAGUUGGUACCUACAUCAAGAAAUUGGAAAGGCAUCAAAUAAAUGAGCUAUCAAUGCAUCUCAAGUAAGUAGAAAAACAACAGAAAAUCAAACCCAACACUAGUAGGACUUAAGAAAUGAUUAAAAUUAGGGAAAAAAUUAAAAAAAAAUACAAAAGAUCAGCAAAACAAAGACCUGUUUUUUGAAAAUAUAAACAAGAUGGAUAAACCAUUUGCCCAAAUAACAAAAAAAAGAGGGAGAAGAUCCAAAUCAAUAAAAGCAGAGAUAAAAAAAUGUAACAACAGGUACCACAGAAAUAAAAAGAAUCAUCAGGAAUUACUACAAAGAGCUUCAUGCUAACAAAUUAGGAAAAUUAGGAGAAAAACAAUGGAUACAUAGAUGCUACCAAAAUUGAGUCAUGAAGACACAUAAGACAUAAAAAGCCCAAUAACCAAGAUGGAAAAUGAAUCAGUGAUAAAGACACUCCCAACAAAGAGAGGUUAAGAACUGGAUGGAUUCACUGCUGAAUUCUACCAGAUAUUUAAAAAAAGAACUAAUUUCAGUUCUUAAGUCAUUCAAAACAAUUGAAGGGGGGAACCUCCCAAACUCCUUCUAUGAAGCCAGCAUCACCUUAAUUUCUAAACCUGAAAAAGAUACAACAGAAAAAAAAAACUAUAGAUGAAUUUCCCUAAUGAACAUAGAUGCAAAAAUCCUCAACAAAAUCUUAGCCAAUCGAAUCCAAUAGCACAUCAAAAAUAUCACUCACUGGAUCAAAUGAUAUUUAUCUCUGGUACACAGGGAUGAUUCAGUCUUCACAAAUCAAUCAAUGUGAUACAUCACCUUAACAAACUGAAGAACAAAAACCAUAUGAUUAUCUCAACAGAUGCAGAGAAACAUCUGAUAAAAUACAACAUCCUUUCAUGAUGAAAACCAUAAGCAAAUUGGGGAUAGAAUGAUCAUUCCUCAACACAAUCAUGGAAAUUUAUGUCAAACCUAUGGCCAGCAUCUAACUGAGUGGGAAAAUGUUGGAAGCAUAUCAACUAAGAUCUGGAACCAGAUAAGGAUGCCCACUCUCACCACUGCUAUUCGAUAUAGUCCUGGAAGUUUUAGCCAGAGCCAUUAGACAAGAAAAAGAAAGCAAAGGGAAAUAAAUUGGGAAGGAGGAAGUCAAAUGAUCGCUAUUUACAGAUGACAUGAUUCCAUAUAUAUGGGAUCCAAAAGAAACAACUAAGAGACUAUUGGAACUCAUAAGAAUUUGGUAAAGUGGCAGGAUAUAAAAUUAACACACAAAAAUCAAUAGUUUUUCUAUACAGACAAUGCCAUAGCUGAGAAAGAACCUCUAAAAUAAUCCCAGUCACAAUAGCUACAAAAAAAAAAUUGAAAA